AUGCACCAUGCAAAUUUUCCACUGCCUCAUGCAUACGCACAUGCACAUCAUCACCAUCACAAUACCCAUUUGACCAUACACCAUCACAAUCUUACUAGUAAUAUUCCAGCACUAGCACAGAAAACUAUUAGCCUCUCGGAGUAUCUUCGUCCUCCUCAAAACGCACCGCUGUUCCACCCCGUUAAGCUACCGGGACGUCGACCAUACCCUGGCCCCCUUAAGAAGGUGCCCGCCUCCCGCCCUCUGCCUGGGCCAGGGUCAGGCACUGGCACCGUGCCUGUGCCUGUGCUAUCACAGCAGCAUUCUCCAAUAGGUGGCAUUCUGCCACAGUCAUCGGUAAUUGUCAAUCAUUAUCAUAAGCCAGUGCAUGGACUGCUGAAGCCGUUCCUCAAAGAAAAACAUUUCCCCAUACAACCGAUAGCCGCUUCAGUGCUUCUGUUGGGUCAGCCCACCGAGCUUAACGGAAAAGGUCAGCGCAUUAAAGAAGCCAUAGAUCGUUUUAAUGUUAAGGCAAAACCCAUUGUUCCCGUCCCAGUCGCAGUCCCAUAUGUUGACCUCGAACCACAGGGAUCUUAUAAGAGUACCUCCCUCUUUAAUGUAAAUGGCAAAGUGGACCAGAAGCCACUCUUAACAAUGAGCAACACAACCACGAUAACAAUACCACUUAUCAAACACCCAAUACCGGAUGAGCCAUCACCUCAACAAAUUGCCAGCAUGCGCCCAGCAAUCAAUCAGGGCUUCAAACCAGACUCAGUCGUCGUAGAAAGUGGAUUUCGUCCAAUCGUACGCAACGAUGGCACCGGAGUGCAGUUACCGCAAGAGCUGAUCGAACAGGUGGCCCAUAGGCGCGAAGAUCCUGGCACUGAAAUCGAUGAGGUCAUGGAAACAGACACACUUUUCCUUACCACCCAGCAGGGUGGCAGUGAGACUCAGAGCUUUGAGCCUAUUUUUAUACCAUCGCCACUUGACAGCACCAAUGCCACCCGAUUGACUACUUCCAAUAUGCCCCAAGCAGUUGUUGAUCCAGUUGCUUCUGCAUCGCCUUUAAAAUUACCCUCCUCGGCACUGACUCACUCACUGCCAUCGGCGGCUCAAUUGCGUAAACCUUCUCUAGAAGAGCUCUUCCAAGAGAAUAGUGAUGAUGCGGAGACUCUAACCGAUGCCGCGGACCAAAUGGAAGACGUACUACAAGCUACUAAUCCGCCAUUUGUGGUUUCAAAGGAGCAAAGCUCGGUUGAAUUAUUCGACGCACAUUCAGACUACGACGAUUUGGCCAACCUUUUCGCUACCGAGGAAGAAGAGAACCGGCAAGCGCAUGCACAGGCACAAGAUUCAUUAGCUGAUGAUAAUGAAACUGAACCAGAUGACAAGAUAGCGCAAGCUGCUGAACGCAUUGACACAUACUAUUUACCACCAGAUAAUCGAAAGAUCCCGCAUGCCAGCAUCCCCAGUGGGGCUGUGUACACUUUCGAUGGCAAGUCUGUGGUGGACAGCACUCUUGUUUUGCCACCCAAACUGGAUGCACCUGAUGUAAGUCUAUCACGGCACACAGACUACGGACUUACAGCAUCAGAGAAGCUGGUUCGCACCACCCCUCAACUUGGUGUUUAUCGUGGAGAAUUACCAGAGGACUUCCUUUCAACAUUGCAACCGGUGGGCCAGCCAGUGACGGACCUCACAAACGAUCAUAGGGUUGCCUUUGGUGCAAGCAGUACUUCUGUGCUUCCUGGUGCAGAUAGCCCAUAUGAAACCCAAUCGCCCUCAUCACCACCAUUAACAUCAUCCCUUCGACCCAUAUCAACCAAGUUGCACUUACUUAAGCCCGAUAUUAACAAGAAUAGCACGUAG